CCCUAUUCAAAAAAAAAAGUAAAAAAAGGUAGCUUUAUUUGCAGAGAGCUCUCUUUUUCUGUUUGGUCAACGUGAUCUGCAUCGACAAACAGCGGGUUAUGUCAUAAGCGCGUGAUGGAAUAUUUUUCCAGCACUGGAAUACCUGAACACACAGAGCAUUGGAUUACUUGGAAGAGACCGGGCGAAAAGGAUUUGAGCAUAUUCUGUCGCCGCUUGUUUUUAACUUGUUUUUCGUUCAUUUGUUUUGGUUCUAAUUUGAUUCACCCCACUUAGUCUCAGAGUUCAGGCAAAAUCUCCCGUUGACCCCACCAUGAGCCUGCUAUUACGGAAAUACCAGCAGCAGUUGGCUGAGCGGCCACUGAGAACAUUCGCUCUUCAAUCAGGUUGCAUUUUAACCCUCGGUGAUAUCAUUGCACAACAAUUCAUUGAAAAGAAAGGCCUUGAAAAUCAUGACAUUGCUCGGUCAUUACGCACAACUGCUUAUGGUCUUUGCAUCGGCGGUCCGGUUAUUGGAACUUGGUUUGGGUUCGUUAAUCGAGUGGUUACGAUCAAGUCGAAAGUAGGAGCCGCAUUUGCUCGACUUGCCCUUGAUCAGAUAUUCUUUACACCAACAAUAUUGGCCAUGUAUAUGGGAUGUGUGAGUGUUCUUGAAGGCCGCAAUUUUGCUCAAAUUCAGAAUAAGUUUAGAAACAGCUACUUGGAUGGACUUUCGACGGCAUAUCAUUUCUGGCCGUUUGCGAAUAUGUUUGUCUUUGCAGUAGUCCCUAUGCAGUUUCGUCCUCUGAUAAACAGUGGAUUUGGCGUCGGCUGGAACACAUACCUCUCUUAUCUCAACCAGCAGUCGCUGAAACAGCCGAAUCUUGAAGCUUCGGAUAUACCUUCGGCAUUGUGAGCUGCCGAUGCUCCAGAGCCUUAUAUUUAUUGCCUUCUCCACGUCCGUGACGGUAUAACCUCAUCCGAGAAACAGUUCAUUCAAGAACCACAGUGUGUGCGGUUAUUGAGAUGUCUGUUCUUGUUUACCUCUUCCUCCCUUCCGACAUCAUUACGACCCACUUUGAAACAAUCGCACGUGCCUUUCUGAGGCAACGUCUCUGAUGCCUAGACCGCCCGUGGCCGAAGAAAAAGCAACAUAUUAGUUCACCAUCCGAUGGGCGUUUGGUGCGUGUUUUUCGACAUCGGGUAGAAUUCAUACGAUCCUAUGAUUGGGGAAAAUAGAAUCAUAAUAAUAAAAAAGUCAUGCUGAUGUAACAGUUCAUUCCUCUUGUUCCUACGUUCCAUAAAAGCCUGACCGUCUCUCGUAUAGCACCGUGAGCGAUCAGUCCUUGUAAUGUUUACCAUGCAUAUGUCAAACAUGCC